GAGAGAGAGAGAGAGAGAGCGAGAGAGAGAGAGCCCUGCCUGAAUUGUGAGUGGCUUACGACACUCAGUGAACAGAAGGUGCUUCUGCAUGCACAGCCAGAGCACUAGUCUGCUGCAAGGGACCGAUCGCUCUGCGUUUCCAACACGCCGUCCCUGCCCGCCUCCCAGCCUCACCUCUCAGCCACGGAAGAGCCAGUCCAGAGACCUACGACUGCAGCAAGCCGGCAGGGGAAAAAAAAAAAAGCACCAGACCGCUAGCCAAUAAGCGGGGGCUACAGCUAACGAGGGAAGAAAACAGCAAAAGGAAAACCAGGGACCCCUCCAUCCCCUCCUCUUUAAAAUAAAUUUUUAAAAAAGCUCAAUCUCGAGAGCCGAAUAGAAAAUGAGCCCCCUCGGUGGAUUAGAGGCCAUCAAGGUCAGUGGUCAGUUCGACUGACGGACCGUAAUUUGCGUUGACAGAACGGCAGAGUCUUUAGCAGUGCGUGGAGAAAAAAAAAAAAAAGAAAAGAGUUGAGGGAUUUUUUUUUUCUUUCCUCUUGCAUCUUUUUUCUCUCGCUCUCCUCUCUUCCCUGUGAUUACCACAGCAGUGACUGCAGCGGAGCAGGAGAGAGGGAGAGAGAGAGAGAGGGAGAGAGGACUGCGCUCAUGCCUACAGCCAGGGGAACUCACACUUCCCGCAAGUCUGGUGAAAGCUACUUGGAUUCCUUCUUUCGCUGGCUCUUUCACACGAGGGAAAACUAAGACAUUGUAAGCCUGCCAGGAUCUGCUGUCCACCCCGAAAAAAAAGGGUGGGGGGGGAAGGCCGAAUUUGUACCACAGUGGGGUCUUUUUCAGAUUCGCACAUAAUUAGUGUCGGCACAAAGGGAGCAGCUGAAUAGAGGUUGUCAGGCUCUGAAGGGGAUUCCUCCUCCCUGUAAGUAAACACCGCCGCCGCUGCUGCUGCUGUUGCCGUCGCCGACGCUGCCAAGAUCAAGAGGGGGGGAAAAAAAAAAAAAAAACUAGAGUGAUUUCCACCCGGGGGAGUUUAUAAAAUAUGAUGUAAAAUAAAAAUAAUAAUCUGGACGGUUCAAUGGACUUUUUCUCGGCGACACACAGGGAUAUUCAUGCUAAUGGAUUUCCUCCUAAUUGGUCUGUACUUGAAGUGGCUACUAAGGAAGCCCCCUGGAUUGAUACUGUGCUCUCUGGGAAUCUUUCUGAAAAUGCUGCCCGCGGCAGAGGGGGUCUGCCCCCGGCUGUGCCGCUGCGACAGCAAGCUGCUGUACUGCGAGGGGCUCAACCUGACCGACGUCCCCCACAACCUCAGCAGCGCCACGGGCUUGUCCCUGCGCGAGAACGGCCUGUCCGAACUGCGGGAGGGACAGUUCGCCGGGCUGAUGCAGCUCACGUGGCUCUACCUGGACCACAACGCUGUGGAGCUGGUGGAGGAGAGCGCCUUCGAGAGGCUGCGCAGGCUCAAGGAGCUGGACCUGAGCUUCAACAGGAUCGAGAGCCUGCCCAACGCCACCUUCAGACCCCUGCCCAACCUCCGCAUCCUGGAUCUAUCGUACAACAGGCUGCAGGCCCUGGAGCCCGACCUGUUCCACGGCCUUAGGAAGCUAACCAAUUUACACAUGCGCUACAACGCCAUCAAGUACGUCCCCGUCAGGAUCUUCCAGGACUGCAGGAGCAUGCAGUUCCUGGACCUGGGCUACAACCAGCUGCAGAGCCUGGCGCGAAACUCCUUCGCCGGGUUGUUUAAGCUCACCGAGCUGCAUCUGGAGCACAACGAGCUGGUUAAAGUCAACCUGGCCCACUUUCCCCGCCUCAUCUCCCUGCGCACGCUCUACAUGCGGAGGAAUAAGGCCACCAUCGUGGUCAGCACCCUGGACUGGACCUGGCACUUCCUGGAGAAGAUCGACUUCUCGGGCAACGAGAUCGAGUACAUCGAGCCGCACGUUUUCGAGAGCGUGCCCAACCUGAAAUCCCUCCAGCUGGAUUUGAACAAGCUGACGUACAUCGACCAGCGGAUUUUGGACUCGUGGACGUCCCUGGAGAGCAUCACCCUCUCGGGCAACCAAUGGGAGUGCAGCAGGAACGUCUGCGCUCUGGCCUCCUGGCUCAGCGGCUUCCAGGGCCAGCGGGACAGCGCCUUGCUGUGCGCCAGCCCGGACACGGCGCAGGGCGAGGACGUCCUGGACGCCGUCUACGCCUUUCAGCUGUGCGAGGACCCGGGGGACGUCACCACCAGGCCCUACAUAUUCACCAAGGACGGGGCCAGGGGGAACGCCUACAACGGCCCCUCGAGGAACCCGUACGACCUGCAGGACAUCGAGGGCGGGGAGGUGGUGACCAACUCGUUCACCGUGACGGUGCCCAACGACGACCUGGAGAGCACCAUGCAGAUCCACAAGGUGGUGACGGGCACCAUGGCGCUGAUCUUCUCCUUCCUCAUCGUGGUGCUCAUGCUCUACGUCUCCUGGAAGUGUUUUCCGGCCGGGGUGAGGCAGCUGAGGCAGUGCCUCAGCAGCCAGCGGCGGAAGCAGAAGCAGAAGCAGACCAUGCAGCAGAUGGCCACCAUGUCGGCGCCCGAGUACUACGUCGACUACAAGCCCAACCACAUCGAGGGCGCCCUCGUCAUCAUCAACGAGUACGGCUCCUGCACCUGCCAGCAGCAGACGUCCAGGGAGUGCGAGGUGUGACCGUCCCGCCACCCCCACGUGACACCACCCCCCCCCCCCCCCUCCACCCUCCUACUCCCGCCACUCCCCUCCAUCCACGUGGGCCGUGUAGAUUCCCCUUGGGGGCUACAGGGGGAGGAGAGGAUCCCUAAAAACCUCUCCACUCCGCACCGUGCUGCUCUGUUGUUCUCUGGGUUGGACUUUGAGCACAGACUGAGGAUGUACUCCUGAUCCGGACCUGCAGCCACGAAUUCUGGGGACCUGUUGACUCGAUGCAAAUAAAACCGGGAGAGGGGAGAAAAAAAAAAAAGCUUGCAAGGAGCGUGCUCUCACGACGGGUGGAUAAUUUCAGCUUUAAUGUGUCUUUUUACGUCAGGAUAUUCAAAUUGUCUUAAAGGGACAGACAAAACAUACUGUUUUUAUUGUGGUUUAAAAAAAAGAAAAAAGAGUGAAGAGAGGGAGUCGGGUAAAUCAAAAUAUGUGUAAAAUAUGUAAAAGAAGAAGAGAUGCAAGAGCGGAGGGAAAGAGAUCCAAGCUAUCCUAUUUCUUUUUGUAAACUAAAAAAAAAAUGUUUAAAUAAAUGAAUUGCUAUUCACAGUA